AUGUCUUUACCCUCCUAUACCAAACUUCAAUCCGACCCUCCUUCAAAACCAAGUUUACCAUGGCGAUUUGGCUCGAGCCUAAUUAUGGGCGUCACCGGAGCGUUCACUCGAUUUUUCUACUAUGGGUUAAGCAAUGUAGAAGUUAUUGGGCUGAAAAGAUUCCUUACGACUUUGGACAGCCGGCAGAAUCCUGAAGAUAGAGAAAGAGGUUUAAUUACCGUCUCGAAUCAUGUCAGCGUUUUGGAUGAUCCUCUGAUGAUACUCUCCUCAUUCUUUACCUUGGGCCAAGUUCUACCCACACACAGAAGCGCAUAUUCCGAGGAUGGCGGACUCUUUCAGCCAACGAUUGCGGAAGCCAUACGAAUGUUAUCCGCACAGCCUUUCUCUACCCGUUACGAACCACCGACACAAAAGCCAAAGAAGAAGAUAUCUAUGCGGCCAAAAGAUCCAGAUAUCAUCGACCCCUUCACUUCCGGCGACCUCACGUACUCAACAAAUGGCACAGAUGUCUUUCCCGCUCCCUCCGCAUACACCUCACGAAAACAUAGUUGGAUACACAUAUUCCCAGAAGGACGAGUGCACCAACAUCCGAACAAAACCCUACGCUAUUUUAAAUGGGGAGUAUCCAGGCUUAUCCUCGAAAGUGAACCUCUACCCGAGAUCGUCCCUAUUUUUAUUGACGGCAAUCAAGACAUUAUGCACGAAUCACGAAAAUUCCCACGCUUUCUCCCUCGAACCGGCAAGAAAGUGCGCAUUGCAUUUGGAGAAUCAAUCGACGGAGAACGCAUAUUUGGAGACUUGCGAGCACGGUGGCAGAAACUAGUUCGAUUACAGAAGGAUGCGUUAGCAAGGAAGGGACUAGAUGACAACAUGGACAUGGGUGAACUUACAGAAGGUCUUAAAUACUACAAGGAAGCAGUGGCGUUACGUGAAGAAGUCACGGCUAGAGUUAGACAGGAAGUGCUUAAAGUAAGAAGGAGCCUCGGGUACGAAGACGAGGAUCCUAAGCAGGGAUUGGUUCAAACUUGGAUCAAAGAAGGAAGGAGCGAUGGCAAGCAGAAGAUGGAUGGUAGUUGGGUUGGGGACACAUGA